UCUGUGUGCGGGGCGGCCUCCGCUCGGUCCCCGCCGGGCGCCAUGUGGGUGCUGCUGUCCCUCCUGGCUGUCGCGGCGCUGCUAGCGGCCCGCCGGAGCGCGGCUUCCCAGGAGGAGCAGCCGCCCGCAGUGCCUUCACCAACGGGGAUUGUAGUAACAUCUGAAAAUUUCAAAACAGUUUUGCAUUGGCAGUACCCACCUAUGUCUGAAACUCCACAUUUUAUUGUGGAAAUCAAGCCUUACAAUUCAGGUCGCUAUAAGAACGUCUCAACCUGUGUGAACACUUCAGCUCAUUUUUGUGACCUCUCAAAGGAAAUAUGUGACCCUUAUUCAUCUCAUUGGCUUCAAGUUAAAGCUGUUGUUGGGUCACAACAGUCUGAAUAUGUUGAGGCAAAUGAGUUUAUUUUGCAAAGGCACGGAAAAAUAGGACCGCCAAAACUGAAUAUCUCAAGACAUGGUGAUAAAAUCCUGGUUGAUAUUUACCAUCCUGUAUUCCCUCAUUCUUGUAUUGAAGACAUUUAUUCAAAUCUGGCAUACUUGGUGACUGUUUGGGAUAGUGAAAAUAAGACUGAAGAGCUCUAUGAGGACAACUGUACAAUGCAAAAGUGUACCCUCAGAAUCCCAGUUCUUACUGAAAGUUCCACUUACUGUGUUUCAGCAAAAGGAAUUUUUGAUUCUCUGAUGGUUGGCACUCCAUCAGAGGAAAGUUGCAUUCCUGCUCCUCUCAGGCAGACAUCAAGUACACAUGGUAUCAUCAUUCUGUGUGUUGUUUUUGGGAUCUUGACGGUAAUACUGACAGUAUAUUGUGGCUGCAAGAAACUAAGGAAAAAUAACAUACAGCUGCCUAAGUCUUUGGUCAGUGUGAUGAGAAACCUGAACACGGGCACCUUAAUGGGACCAAGAUCAGAGGGGAAGUAUAUAUCUGUAACAUCAGGCCUCUCGGAUUUGCCAGUGAAUGGUGAAGUAACCUUGCUGGAGAUAGAGUCAAAAGAACAAACUGCUAGUCCUGUGGAUUCCUGCGACGGAGAAUCUUCUGUCCCUUCCCCAGAGGCACCAGCCAAAGUAGAGGAGGUGCCUAUUCAGGAAGGCACAGAGGAGCUCUCUGUUGAUGCUGAUGAACAAAAUUGUGACAUAAAAGAGAGUUACUUCAUUUCUAACAGUAGCCAAAUGGAUAUAUGCAGUAAGUCUUCAGAGUCAGAGAUUUCUACUGCAGAAACACAGCCAACAGUCACUCCAAGCAGCUGCUUCAAGUUUUCUGGCUAUGACAAGCCUCACGUUCCAUUAGAUAUGUUGAUGAUAGAUGUUGGUGAAGAGCAGCCUGUGAAUGCUUACAGGCCAACUGAGUAGCCAGGAUAACUGAAGUGCUUAACCACAACUGAGAAAGAACAGCAUUACUGAAGGUUACGGAAAGUCUAGGUUAAAUUGUGAACAUCUACAAGUUGUACUUGUUCUGAUCAGUAAAAAAUUGAAAAUAGUACCUGAAAAUGGCAUUAAAAGUGUGGGGAAAAUUCAUAAUAACCACUUUUUAAAAUGCUUUUAUAUAUAACUCAUUAUUUCCUAUUUGAAAUAGUGCUGUGUUUUUUAACAAUACUCUAUAGAAAGCAUACCACUGACUAUAAAAGAGCAGCUGUACCAUUAUUCACUUCUGCUUCAAAUCUUGUUCAAAAUUAGUUCAAUGAAUAAAAUGCUUAAGAAAUCCUUCACUAGAUUAGACAUGUGCAAGAAAUGUUUAAGAGUUUUUACCAUUAUUGGAGGUAUCCUCUUGCUUAUCUUCUUCUUUUGAGGAGUAUUUUUAUAUUAAAUUAAAUGCUCUUAUUUCUUUUAAAUAAGAUUAUGCCUAUAAGCUCUUCCGGUAUAUCUUAAGAAUUUCAUUCCAUGUCAAAGAAGUAAGAAGUAAUGGCCAUAAACUAAGAACACAAGAAGUUCACCUCAACAUGAGGAAGAACUUCUUUGCAUUGAGGGUAGGUGGCAGAACACUGGAAGGGGCUGCCCAAGGAGAUCAUGGAGUUUCCCUCUCUGAAGACAUUCAAAACCCACCUGAAAUCAUUUCUGUGUCACCUGCUCUAGGUGACCCUGCCUUGCCAGGAAGUUGGACUGGAUGAUUUCCAGAGGUUCCUUUCAACCCUACAAAUUCUGUGAAAGUACCAGUUAUUUGUAGUCUUUGCUGUUAACUUCAGUAGAAAGCACCCAUUUGGAUCACUUAGUGGUGUGAGUAACCAUGUGACAUUCUGGCAGAAUAUGUUAGCAAGCUGAUCAUCACUGAAAAAAAAAAAAAGUCUAAUGGGUGGUUGCACAAAUUCUUUAGAAAAUGUCCUCAAAAUUCAAAAAGCCUGGUUUCUUCUGGGACACUUUUAUCCUAAUUUUUAGAACAAUAUGUUCUCUAAAUAGAAAUUAAUAGAUUUUCUUCCAAGCAUGUUUUCUAGCAGAAUGAAAAUCACUGCCAUUUCACCUGUUUUAAUAACAUAAUUCAGGAACUAUGUAAAAUCACCCUCUAAAAAUAUGACUCAAGACAAUAGAAAAUAGUGUGAUUAAGUUGUACUUCAUAAGUUUUGUUGCCAUCUGACAGCCUUCUGAAUUUUGUAUCGUAGAGUUGUAGUUUUGAAAACUGAAUAUUACGAAUUUUUUAUUUUUAUAUUUUUUUUCAUAUUGAAAUCCAUGUAAUCCAUUUAUUUCCCCUUAAUCAAGAUUUGAUAGGUAUUUUCUAUUUGUAGGAAAUGUUUAUAGCAGUUAUUAAUGAAGUUUAAUUCAGAAAAAAAGAACACUUUACGGGUACAAGUUGGUCCAUUCACACAAAAUUGUGGGUUUGUUUUAAAAGAUAUUUCUAUAGGAUUAUCAGAAUUGUUAGCCUGUUACAGCAGGUGGGUUUAAAGGAAAACCAGUGUCAUAGUACUUCUGUCCUUGCAUUUCUCAGUGAAGUUAAGGUGAAGUUAGUUUAUAUAGCAGUUUCGGGAGUGCUUCCAUUCUUGUAUAUAUCAGAUAUUGACCACAAUGGUACAAAAGAUUUAAAGACAAUAGCUAUUUUUCCCAUCACUCCUUACAGGAAGGUAACAGAUUGGUUACCAGGGUUUUGAUAAUUUUAGGAAAAGCCAAAUCAAGCAGGUGAAUUUUGUAGUUACAAUGUCAUGGAAAGCCCAGUUAGUAAUUAUUAGCUGGCUGUGAUUUGUUUCUGCAUUAUAUUCAAACAUAGUAAGACCCCCUAGCAACUUUUUCAAUGACAUGUUCUGGGCUGAGUUCCUAGAAGGCAGUGCUUAGUGACUAACUGCUGAGGAUGCACUACUGUGUAGGUCUUCCCAUGGCAGAGGUGCAGAAAAUAACACUCUUGGUGUUACAAGAAGGCUUUUUGAAAAUCAGCAUUAAUUGCACUUGAAACUUCAACUAACCUGACUUUUCAGGUAGUGAUGUGGUUCAUCACUGAAGCUCCUAGCAGGCUGUCUACAAAAUACAUGAGCAGCUGUGUCUUGUGCAAAAAUUGGAGUUGAUGUAAUUUCUUUCUGAGUUUGGAGGUUUGUUGAUGAAUAUGAAUUGCAAUAAAUACCUCAGGAAUUUAUAAAUGUCAGAGAAGUGUUUAAGUUAAGCUUACUUCUGAAGGGAUAAAGAGAACAUUAGAAACUGUAAAGUUAGUCUUGUUUUUUGGGAAGAAGUUUCUGACCAGACAAUUUGCUGAGUAUUUUGUUUGCAACUGCUCAGAGUAUUUAACCUUGCACUUGGUUGCUUGUUUUUCUUCUGUCAGUUUUGUCAAAAAAGAAAUAAAAUGUUGAUGUUGUCCGGGAAUGUCAGGAAUUAGCUCUGGUAGUUGUUGGGUUUGAUGUAUCUGCCCCAGCAUCCCCAGCCCUGGGGUCAAGCUUGCAGGGAUGGACAUAUUAGGCAGUCAGGAUCCAGAGGAUAACACUGACAAAUGCCAAUAUUUGUGCAGGCAGUGUUGCAGCACACCUGCACCAGUUGAGGCAUACGGUUCCGAGCAGUCUGAAAGUCCAACCCAGAGUGGCACUUUGCCCUAUGGGCUGGGCUUACCUUCCUAAUUCCAGUCUGGAGGCUGUCAGUCCUGCAACUUCCCCAGCAUCCCAGCAUCUCUCCUGCAGUCAGCAUGGGAUGAAUGUGCUGCCCAACAGCCAGAGGUGAUCUGCCACAAAACCAAGAUUCUGUCAGAAGCAUGCUUUUUUUUUUUUUUUUUUUUUAAUUAGAUUUACAUUCUUAGCAGGCCCUGGUGCUGUUAGAACCAAGACUUAGCAUCUUAAUUUGUGUGAGCUAAGUUCUGGAAGUUUUUACUUUGCUGACACAGUGGAAGAGGAAUGCAGAUAGACACAUUUUAAAACCAAGUUGACUAUCUCAGGUUCUUUUCUCUUACCCCUGCAAUACAACUACAUUGUACAUUGUUCUGAAGCUUUCAAAUCCCAUGGAGUCAAAUGUGAGUAAAAGGACCCAGCCAGGAGCUAGGAUAUCUUUAAGAUAUUCUGGGUCACUAAGCUCUGUUACCACCAGGCCUGUGUUUAGCAGUUGCCAGCAGUGGUAUUGAAAGCCUAAGAGUAGGGCAAGUCAUGGUGGUAAUCUCUGUUUGGAUAUGGUCCAGCAGCUUGUAGUGUGAGGAUUUCUUGGGAUGGGAAUAGAAAUGCAUUUCCUGCUACAGCUAGUUAGCCUUGCUUUUGCAGUUCUGUAAUACCAAAUAUCUGAGCAAUGUGGUUGGCAACCUGUCAGGUAGUAUUUAUCUGUACAUUUUCACUUAAUUGAGUUAAUUUAAUUGAUUCAUAUUCUUGUGAUGAAGUAGUUUGCUUGAGCUUCUGAAUAUUCAUACAUUGCACCUUGAUCCAGAAUAUGAAAGUGCCUAACAUUUAUACAUUGAAAAUAAGUUAAUAUUCAUGCCUUUAUAGGCCUAUCAGCUAUCCAGUAUGACACACUUAAAAGGUUUUGCCAUUUCAGACCUUUUCAGCUGAUUUUUACUCUUGUCCUGGCUGCUUAGCAGUCCUCCCUUCCUCUUGCUUCAAGAUGAUUUGGGUGAUGAGAUAAGACUCCAAAACGUUAUAUACUGUGAAAGAGAACUUUACUUUGGCCUCCUACCUGCCAACAUUUCUAAGAACUUCUUUGGUUCUUCUUCUCGAGUGGACAUUGUAACAUUGUAAUUUUUAUUAUUAGAUCUGCAGUUAACAAUGAAGUUUUGUGGCAGUACUGUGUGCUGGCACAAAAACAUAAAAGCUGCUUUUGUAUGGUUUUCCAAAUAAGUCAAUAAUAGUUUAAAAAAAUUUGUCAAAUCUACUGAUAUCUGUGGAAACAAGACAGUUGCAUGGAACAGACUCACUUUUUUACUACUUUUUUUUUUAUCUUUUUUUUUUAUCCUUCAUAGAAGAUUGCAGAAAAAGAAACUUGCAUGAGAAAACCUGUUUUUCUCAGGGUUGCUGAAGUAAUUUGCUCUGAAGUCAUUCCAUGUAAACAGUUGAGUAUUAAUAAGAGAUGUUGUACUUGGCUCAAAUUAAUAGUUUCAGCAUGUCUUUAAAAAAACAAAAACUCAAAAAGCAAAAACGCACAACCAAAAUGACAAACCAAACACAAAGCACCUUUUAUCUCAGGGAAAGGUGACCUGUGUAGAUUCCUUUAGUGUGGUUUUUUUUAUAGUUCAGUCCUUUAUGAAGUUCUUGUUUAUUAAUACUCUUUCUCUAAUUGAAUGCCAUUGUUGGGCUGAAAUCUGUAAUGAAAUUCCUGUAAAUACUGUACUAUUUAAAUGUUCUUAUAUGUAAAUUAAAAAAAAAAAAAUCUAAGAAGGAAA